GGGUCCCUUCCUGCCGCCGUCCGGCCAACAGACCGUAUCGGUCCCAAAGACCGGUGACCGUCCAGCGUCUGCUCAGAGAGUCAGGACAGUGGAGGCAUUAAUUGAUCAAUUUAAUCUGGAGGAGACGGAGGGGCUCCAGGAGAAACUCCCCUCUGCUUUCCAACCGCGUGACAAGAUCUUUACCGACCACCCUGGGGUUCGGCUGUGCUCAUUAGCGUGUAGGGUACCGAGGCCUCCUGUUCUGGCAAGCACCUUGCUCUGCCCUUGGCUGGCUGGCGCACAGCACUGGCGAUAGUUAGGAGGAGGAGGAAGAGACUCAGAGGCUAAUUUAAUUUCCGUUCAAAGCAGUGUUUGAAAGGUCAUUUGGCGACAGACACCAGGAAGCAGUGUGUGUUUCACACAGGAUAAUAUGGUGCUGUUCGCUUUGGGAGUUCGUCUCAAAGGCCUUAAAUUGACUGCUGAGAACUGGAUGCGAGCGAGGAGACUGAGCCACAGUGAGGAUGGCUUCCCCCGGCAGAUCAGCAGCUUGCCCUGGUCCAUGCAUCCACCUGUUUACACGUGGGGUCAGUCCACGGGGCAGCUGGGGGCGGAGAACUGCCCAGCCCCGAGCCAGGACCUCGCUCACCUUUCCCUGUACAGUUCCUGUCACGCCCCUCGCACCCAGCCUGGGGAGGUGCGGAUCCAGUCCCUCGUCUGCCUCCCAGAGGAUAAGAUCUGCCUCCAGCUGGUGGUGAGCGGGCUGGGGAGUGGGCAGUCUGCUCUGCUGGAGCUGCCCUACCCUGGGCUUGGCAACCUGGACAAGAUGGCGGCACUGCAGGCCCGGGAGAGUGGUGGCCACCUCUCAGACGACUCCCGUUUCCUGUCCCGCCUGGAGGACAUCUUGGAUUCCAUCACCACAGUGGACGGACGCAGCCAGGACGACAUCGCGGUGGAGCGGCGGGAGCCGGGGUCCCCCGAGCCGGCCCCCAGGGACCAGGGGGCGGAGAGCGGGUGGGACAUGAGCGGGGGUCACCUGGACUCUUUCAGGACUCUGUUUGAGAGCGAGUGGUGUCGGACGCCGUACCCGCUACUCCCCCACGGGCUGCUGGCCUUCGCUGGGACCGAGAACCUGGAGAGAUCAGCCUCAGACAGGGGAGAUCCCGACAUGGAGGAACACCUGUCACUCAUGUACCUCAGGCUGCGGGACCAGCUGCCAAAGUUCUUCCUGAGGCCUCACGACUAUGGGAUGUAUUCACCGGACCUGGAGUUUAUCAGCGAAUUCCCUCGCAUCAAAACCCGAGGCCGCACUAUAUACAAGGUGCUGCUGACUUUGAUGAAGUUCCUGUCCCUGAACUACUUUGCCGAUGUUCAGCUGGAGGUGUUGAACAUGAGUCGGGACGCGGAGACCUGGAGUGUUCAGGUUCGCUGGCGGGUCACAGGUCUGCCUCUGCACGUACUAAUGCUCAGGUUUUACAAGAGAGACAAGACAGAGCUUUACAGAUUCUAUGACGCCUUUUCCACUUUCCACCUGGGCUCUGAUGGACUGAUUUGCAGGCACAAGUUGGAUAAGAUGAUGUCAGCCCGUCCCCCUGUCACUAAGGUGAAGCGGCUGCUCGUGGGAGCCCUGGUUGCUUUGGGUUUGGAAGAGCAUCGACCUGCCCUGAACCUCCUACUCGCUCAGCUGACCGGCAAGAUUUGGCAGUGACACUGAGGGAGUCCGGCCUUAGCCAUCAACAUAACGUUAGUGAGAGAGCGAGCGAGCGAGGAGAGGAGAGGAGAGGAGAGGUGCUGGGGGAGAGACAGACCGGUGGCUAUCACUGACUUACACACCAGUCACACAGACACCGUCAACAACAGAGAGAACCAACAUCUGGGUAUAAAAUAUCUCUUUCUCUUUUCUGCUAAAAGACUUCUCGGUGUCACUGAAGGCGUCCCAAGAGAUCGCUGGGUAUUGGUGGCUGUUAAACAGCCCCUUCUCUAUUCCGUGGAGUUUCCCCUUCCCCUCACCCCCAAGCAUCCUCCAGGCUCCCCCACCCGCGACCCCCUCUCAUCAUCCUCCAGAUGCCCUCCACACCCCCUCCGUAUCCUCCAGACU